UCUCCAAUUUUUUUUAUUUAAAAAAAGUGAUUUCAUUUUUAAUAAACUACUCCAAAUUUGUUGUCCUCCCCUUCCCCCACCCCCAACUAAGUUUCAUAAAUACCUAUUCAAUUUCACCAAAAGUAAAGCGCAGAAUAACCCAAGAAUCAAAAGUAACACACACAAGAUCCUGCCCAUGGCAUCAAAUCCAAUCAAGUUAUCCCUCAUUUUUAUUCUAACAAUUUUCAUAACCUCAGAGGCUGAACUUGGCCAACUUAAAGAAACAAACAUGACACUCUAUUUUCAAGAUUGGUCUGGUGGUCCAAAUGCCACUGUGCUACAAAUAACAGGUCAUCAAGAUCAUGGUCCUUUGAGUUUUGCCAAGUUUGGUUCUGUUUUUGUUACUGAUGAUCCAAUAACCGAAGCCUUCGAUAAGAACUCACCAGAAAUUGCUAGAGCUCAAGGCAUAUAUGUUACGUCUGCAUUAGAUGGCAAAAUUUCUCAUGUGUUAAUUUCAAUUAUUUUUACCAAUGAAGAACAUAACGGCAGCACUUUGGAAAUACAAGGUGCUAGUCCUCAAUUUGAAAGAGUAAGAGAAGUGGCAAUUGUUGGUGGUACUGGAAAAUUUAGGCUUGCUCGUGGAUAUGCAACUUUUGAGACCAUUCAUUUUGAUUUGGCAAUUCAUCAUGUUGUUAUUCAGUGCAAUAUUACCAUUUUACACUACUGAUUAGGGGACAAAUCACAAUGAUAAUAUAUAGUUCAUCUGAAUAACGUGAAAAUUGUGGUAUGUGGAUGGUUUUUUUCUAAUUUGAUUCGAUAUGAUAAAUAACUGCUGACUUUAUAAUAAUAUACUAUACUAGGAUGUUUUGAGAUUUA